AUGCUAAGAUCCACGAAUAGCAUCCUAAACCGAUCACUUCUGAGGACAAGACGCUAUACAACUAGUCCAGGACGUGAAAAUUUUAUGCUUACAACUUUGCAGAAUGGGCUAAAGGUAGCUACCUCAAACGUACCUGGCCACUUUUCUGCACUUGGUUUAUAUGUUGGAGCGGGAUCCCGGUACGAAACUGCGAACCUGAAGGGUUGCACUAACAUUAUGGACCGACUAGCUUUUAAAUCCACUUCUAAGAUGACUCAAAUAGAAGUAGCAGAGGAAUUGGAACGUCUAGGUGGCAACUACCAGUGCACUUCUACCAGAGAGACUUUAAUGUACCAGGCUUCGGUAUUUAAUAAAGAUGUAGAGCGCAUGUUCUCAAUAAUGUCUGAUACUGUUAGAUACCCGGUUAUUGAUGAAGCUGAAGUCCUAGAGCAAAAACAGGCUGCUAGCUAUGAAAUAGAUAACGUAUUCCAAAACCACGAAAUGCUGCUUCCUGAAUUGCUACAUGUUGUCGGGUAUGGAAAUGAGACGCUAGGUUCACCUACUGUGUCUUCAAGGAAGUAUAUAUUAGGUGUUUCAAGGUACCAGCUGCUUGAUUACAGGAAUAAAUUCUAUAACCCUAAAAACAUUGUCGCAGCCUUUGUUGGUGUUCCACAUGAGCAAGCAGUUGAAAUGGCAUCAAAAUACUUGGGUGACAUGGAGGAAAAGUAUUACAUGGGCCCUCGUAAGCCUGCGCAUUAUAUUGGUGGUAGAUAUAAUACUACUAUUCCUAGAACCAACUUAAAUCUUCCAGAGUUGUGUCAUAUGCAAAUUGCAUUUGAAAGUUUGCCAAUUGGCCAUCCUGAUAUUUAUGCUUUGGCGACUUUACAAACGCUGCUAGGUGGCGGUGGCUCUUUCAGUGCAGGUGGUCCGGGCAAAGGCAUGUAUUCCCGCCUGUAUACUGAAGUCUUAAACAAAUAUCAUUUUGUUGAAAACUGCGUUGCCUUCAAUCAUAGUUACUCGGAUUCUGGGUUGUUUGGUAUUUCCAUGUCAGCCUAUCCCGAAGCCGCUUCAUACAUGCCAACAAUAAUUGCUCAACAGUUCAAUAACUUGCUAUCUACAGAUAAUAGACAUUGCUUACAAGAAAAGGAACUCAAUAGGGCUAAAAACCAACUCAAAUCUUCAAUUUUGAUGAACCUAGAAUCUAAACUUGUCGAGUUAGAGGACAUGGGAAGACAACUAAUUUUGCACAAUCGUAAAGUUCCAAUAGCUGAAGUCAUCGAAAAAAUAGAGGCAGUCACUCCCCAAGAUUGUAGAAGGGUUGCAGAACUCGUGUUUUCUGGUAAUGUUGUCAACAGUGAACUUGGUACUGGCGCACCAACUGUCAUCACAAGCGGUAAUGAAGAGCACUUUGGUGAUGUAGUUAAUGUUUUAAAGUCAUUUGGUUUGGGCAAUUAUAAUAGAACUUCGGCUAAGCCAACGAAGUAUGAUUUUUAA